AUGUUUCGAACACAGCUCCUCGCGGGCAUUCUCGCCCUAACCCUCGACUUGACGCUCGCCCGCCCGUCCCAGGGCUGGGGUUUGCGCAAAUUCAAAUCCCUGGUCACCUUUGGGGAUAGCUACACCGAUGAUUCUCGACUCGGCUACUUUAUCAACCACAAUGGAUCCGCCCCGCCGGUAGGAUGGGUGCAGCCAGAGAGCAACAGCUCCUCCUCGGGAGGGUACACCUGGGGUCAUUUCGUCGCGCAGGAGGCAAACGUCAAUCGAUACAACUACGCCGUCAGUGGCGCAGGGUGUUCGAAUUACAUCACGCCGCGGGAGUUAGCUUCCAUUCAUGCGCCAUUCCCGUCGGUCCUGGAGUAUGAGAUCCCGGCAUUCGUGGCCGACAGCAAGCAUGUCUCCCGUGGGAAGAAAUUCCUGGAUAUUCAUCCCAAAGAGACCGUGUAUGCGAUCUGGAUCGGGACGAACGAUCUCGGCAACGAUGCGAUCAUCACCGAUUCGCAGGUCAAGGGCAAGACCAUCCCCGAUUACAUCGAGUGUAUCUAUUCCUCGCUGGAUCAGGUGUAUGAUAACGGCGGGCGGUACUUUGUUCUGAUGAAUCUCGCGCCGUUGCAGUUGGCACCGCAGUAUGCGACCCCGGAGAAUGGUGGUGUGCGACGGAGUGGGUUCUGGAAGAAUAAGCCGGAGAAUAUCACGCAGGUGAGCUAUCGGAUGUGGGAGCAGGUGGCGACGGCCAAUGAUGUGUUUCACUAUAAAACGCCCUUUGAGCUGCUCGUGGCUCGACGGUACCCCGGGGCCAAGUUCGCCGUGAUGGAUAUAUUUGGAUUGCUGUCUCAUGUGUAUGAGAACCCAACGGAGUAUUUCCCUGGUAGUGCCUCGCCCAAUGUCACCGGGUUCACGAAACAAUGCAACGACGACGGCGAGGACUGCGUGUUGGCUCCGAACCCCGAGUCGUAUAUGUGGUUUGACGAGCUGCAUCCGUCCGAGCGCACCAGUGAGAUUGUCGCGCAGGAGUUUGUGCAGGUGGUGAAGGGUGAAAGCGAGUGGGCGACGUACUGGUGA